UUUUUAACUUGUGAAUACCAUCUUAGAACAGGACUAAUGAUAAUUUCGAUUGGUUACCAAAUAUUGAGAGAAAUUCAAUCCUUAUAACUUUUUUCUUUACAAGAAAAUCAUGCACACAUCAAAAUAGUUGGUCAUCCAUUGAAACAGGGAAAUUGUGUUCUGCAUUUUACUUCAAUUUCCACUGCUAGAUACAAAAACCUACAUGCUCAGCCAAAAAGGGAUUAAAAAAAAAAAAACAAAGGUGUUUUGAGACUUAAGAUAAGCCAAAGAGAAAAGAGAAUUUGUCCUUUAGUUUGGCAGUUCACCUUUCUCUGGGCAAAUUUUGUUCUCUCUGGAAAGAUGGAUAAAUCAGGAUUAACUGAACAACCAUUUCCCAAGCUCUCUUCAGAUGAGAUGUUGAAAUUGGAAAGAAUAUACAAAGAUAUGGGAAAAAAACCACUUGAUUGGAAAUUGUGUCAGGAGAUUGCUAUACGUUAUAGUUCCUUGUCGAAAGAUGUUGGUAAAACUUCCUUAUCAUGGCAACAGGUGGAGCAGUGGUUCAAAGGUAGGCAGAGAGUAUCACAGAAUAAAGAUAGUUCAUCAAGUUCAAAAGGUAGACAAGCUACAGAUAUCUCGGAGUUGGGAUUUGAAGCAAGAUCUACAAAAGAUAUUGCAUGGCAUGAUGUUGCUCUUUUCUCUAACUACAGAGUUCUGUGCUCAGGCGAACUUGAAGUCCGUGUUCGAUAUGCUGGAUUCGCUAAAGAGCAGGAUGAGUGGGUGAAUGUGAAACUGGGGGUGCGGGCGAGAUCUAUACCAUUAGAACCUUCAGAGUGUCAAAAGGUUCAGGAUGGAAAUCUUAUACUAUGUUUCUUGGAAAGAGACGAUUAUGCUCUCUAUUGUGAUGCUCGAGUUGUGAAAAUCCAGAGGAGGGUGCAUGAUCCAACAGAGUGUACGUGCACCUUCUUUGUUCGAUAUCUCCAUGACCAGAGUGAGGAUCGAGUUUCUUGGAACAGGAUAUGCUGUAGGCCUACAGAAGAAAAAUCUGCUGUCUACCCAGUUCUUGCCCUUCAUUCCACCCAAAGUUCCUCUCCUACUUUCUCCCUAAAUCCCAUAGAGUCCUUGUGGGGAUAGAAAUAACCAACUUUUUCUGAAUUCCCCAAUUUACUUUUGGCUAAUGUUUAUUGUUUAUUUACAACUUAGAUUCUUAAAAACUAGCCAGAGAAUAUUUAAUGGUUUUUUUUAUGGGCUAUUUUAUUCAUAAUGUUAUAAACAUUGAUUAAAAUACCAAAAGCUUAGACAAAU